AUGGAAGCCUCUCCCGUUACCAAGAUUCCAUGCGGUUAUAAGUUUCAGCCCACUGACGAAGAAUUGAUUCACUAUCUUUUGUGCAAGGCUAAUGAAGUAUCAUUGCCAUGUCAGGGUGUUGUGAAUGACGUAUUUGACUUUUACAGCAAAGAACCGACGGAGCUUUUUCAGGGAUCGAAAGAGAAGAUUCUUUAUUUCUUCACUAAGUUGAAGAAGAAGCACGAAAAGGGCUCAAGGAUUAAUCGUGUGACGAGGAUUGGUAAUUGGAAGGGCCAAGACAAGCCUAAAGAUAUAAAAAAUGGUAGUACUGGUAAUGAAGAAGAAGGAAAAGAAAAAGUGAUAGGAAUGAAGAGAAAUUUUACAUAUAAUGUCAAGUCUGAUCCUAAGAGGAGUGGAUGGAGCAUGACUGAAUACAAUCUUAGCGGCACCAAUCUGGAAAGAGCAAAAGUACAGACCUGCAACGCGGUCAUAGAAGCCGUCAAACCCGAAGUAUCAGUAAUGCAAUAUAACAUAAUCAAAGCAACAAUUGAACCCGAAGUAAUAAUAGAAGCAGAAAACCGCAACUUGAUCAAAGAAGAAAUUGAACCCAAAGUAACGGUCAUGCAACGAGAAGAUUGCAACUUGAUCACAGAAGAAAUCGAACCGGAACCAAUUCUCUUGCAACCAGAAGACUGUAACGAUUGGUUGAACGAUUUUGCCAAACAACUCAUCCAGAAUCAAGAAGAAAUACGAGAGAGCAUUGAAACAGUGUUGCUGCCAAAUAUUUUUUAUGGUGACAGCGGAGCCUUCUUGAUUUAG